AUGUGUCUGUACUGCGUGGUCGGGGAGAUUCUCAUAGCCAAAGCCGAAGGAAUAUUUUAUGCGGCUUAUAACUAUACGUGGUACUUGAGGACGCCGACUGAAGCCAGAAAUUUGAUGCUGCUAAUGAUUCGCGCCGAAAAGCCUCUACAUAUUACUGCGGGCAGAAUGUUUCCCAUGACAUUGUCCCUAUUUUGCAGUGUAAGAUUUAAUAAAGACAUCGGCCGGUUACAUAUCCGUAUUGCUCGCUAAUCGAUAAUUUUUGAAAUCAAUCAGAAAUUCAACGAAGAUAUCACGGUCGAAUAAAAGGAGCAAACUAUUUAAAUGAACAGUGCGCAAUCUCAUCUUAUCAUAUAUAUUAUAAUAAUUAUUA